CCCGGCCCGAGCGAGCGGGUCUCGCGGAUCGCUGGCCAAGCACGCUGGAACACCCCCCACCCCCGCAGCGGCGCCCCCACUUUCCAACCCCUGCGGCGCGCGCGGAUGCAGCUGGUCCGGGACGCAGGCAAGACACCAGGCGUGGGGCGCGAGGAGCCGGGUAUUGGCGCGGGAUGCGGACGCAAGGCCUCUUCUUCUGAUGAAAAGAGAAGGGAAAGAUGGACUACACUCACCAAACUGCCCUAGUCCCGUGCGGACAAGAUAAAUACAUGUCCAAGAAUGAACUUCUCCUGCAUCUGAAGACCUACAACCUGUACUAUGAAGGCCAGAACCUGCAACUCCGCCACCGAGAGGAAGAAGACGAGUUCAUCGUGGAGGGGCUGCUGAAUAUCUCCUGGGGGCUGCGCAGACCCAUUCGGCUCCAGAUGCAGGAUGACCACGAACGCAUCCGUCCCCCUCCGUCCUCUUCCUCCUGGCACUCUGGCUGUAACCUGGGCGCACAGGGCUCCACCCUGAAGCCCCUCACCAUGCCCACCGUUCAGAUCUCAGAAGUGGAUACUCCUGCUGAAAGCAGCGAGACACCCAGCCCCACAGACUCGAGGGGCCUGAAGCCCGUGCAGGAGGACACCCCACAGCUGAUGCGCACACGCAGCGAUGUUGGGGUGCGUCGCCGUGGCAAUGUGAGGACAUCCAGUGACCAGCGGCGCAUCAGACGCCAUCGUUUCUCUAUCAACGGCCAUUUCUACAACCACAAGACAUCAGUUUUCACACCAGCCUAUGGCUCUGUCACCAACGUCCGCAUCAACAGUACCAUGACUACCCCCCAGGUCCUGAAGCUGCUGCUCAACAAGUUUAAGAUUGAGAAUUCAGCAGAGGAGUUUGCUCUGUACGUGGUCCAUACUAGCGGUGAGAAGCAGAAGCUGAAGAACUCCGACUACCCCCUGAUCGCCCGCAUCCUCCAGGGUCCGUGUGAACAGGUCUCCAAAGUCUUCCUGAUGGAGAAGGACCAGGUGGAGGAGGUCACCUAUGAUGUGGCCCAGUACAUAAAGUUUGAAAUGCCGGUCCUUAAAAGCUUCAUUCAGAAACUCCAGGAGGAGGAGGACCGGGAGGUGGAGAAGCUGAUGCGCAGGUACACUGUGCUCCGGCUAAUGAUUCGGCAAAGGCUGGAGGAGAUAGCAGAGACGCCCGAGACUAUCUGAGCCACAGGAACAAGGGAAAUCCAGACACUCCAGGGGCCCCUGCUGACCUGAAAAGACCCAUGGGAAGCUAGGCACUGUCCUUCCACAGAAAUGUUUCCACCCGAACCUCUGCAGCGCCCCCCAAAGCCAGCACGGAGCCCUGGAGUAGGACGCAGAAGCUGCAGAAGCUCCCCAUCUCUGGAUCUCUGCUCUCCUUUGUUCCAUUCUCAAGAGCUUUUAUUUCUAGGAGGACCCGCAGUGUGUGUUCACAUACCCGAGUGUGUGUGUGUGCGUGUGCUCACAUACCUGAGUGUGUGUUUGUACACACACGUGUAUGCGUAUGUGUACUUAUUAUGUCCAUAUGCCUCUCUGAUGUUUUCACAUGCAAUUAAAUUCCAAGCAGCCAGCACAAGUGCCAUGAGGCUGGCAGACAUACCGCUCCUGGGCAGGAAGAGUAGAGGAAUAGCUAAGGCUUUUGUUUUUGCUUCUUCGAGUGCCAACGGCAGUCACACGUAUCUGCCGUGUUUGAAAGGGAAGAGGAUUCUGCAGGCUCACCAUUUGGAAUGUCUGAAGGUUUGUAGCAGAGAUUCUCCCCAUUUGCCAAGGAGGAUGGGUGACGGUGAGACCCUUGGGAAUUGGUGAAGUGACAGUGCCAUGCCCUUGGGGCAAGUCCAGGGAAACGGAAACGUGAGACCGCCGCGGGGCAGAUGCAGUGAGUCCGUGAGUUUUUGCACUGGAAAGGUUGUCAUUGGAGAUAGCACAAUGAAUGUCCUCUGCUAGGUGGACACCUGGGAGAAAUGGCUUCUGCCUCUGUUCUUGACGUUUGGGCACUUUCUGGGUGUUUCUGCUCUCUCAGUUGCCACUCCAAUUCUUGGGGUCCUCCUUGGCUUGAAGAAACAUCUUCUGAAACAAAAGUGUCUGGAAUGCAUGCAACUCUGACCUGCUCGUGUGUCGGGGCUGGGUGUGUACUGAGAUAAAUGGCACCCAGAAGUGUCUAAGCACCAGUGGGGCUGAAGGGAAGGAUAGAGGCCACCUGCUGAAAUGAGGUCUCAAGCCCUUGCACACCAUCGCAUCAGUAAGAGUUGUACCCGCAUGGAGUUGGGGUUUUGCAUUUGAAGCUAACACGUUAUUCCUUUUGGCCUCUGCACACUUGCAAGCUCCUUCACCUUAUACAUGGAGAUUGAGAAUGAAGACGCGUCCUGUUGUUGAGUCAACAUAGGGAUCAAGGAUUUCUUUGGCGAAUCCCAUGAAGUGUGGACAGAGAGGACAGUGCUCACUUAGCCUCUGAGCAGCCAUGCUGCUGAUUUUUCAAAUCAGCCUCAUUGGCAGAAUGGGCAGGGAUGGCCCUGUACACCCUCCGUUAGGGACACUGUCAGGUAGCUGGCCGCUUGUGUGGCUUGUGCCAUUUGAGGUGGGACAGACAGAUGCUAGGAGUUUGGUGCUGGUCUAUGAAAUGCAACUAAGCAAGAUGAGCAGCCUGUAACUCAGGCAUCUCUGAGCCUCACUGCCACAAAGUGCCCUUCCCUAUCUGCUCUCAAGAAAGCUCUAGAAGCGGAGCAGUUGAGGGACCGAGGGCCCCUGACCAGAGUGCCUUUUAAGGAAGGUGGACCUCUGUAACAGACCCAUUCCUGUGUAAGUGUGUUGCUGUUCUCCACCCUCCUUAGAAGGUCUCAUUGUGGGCUUUCAAAUGAUGGCUUGUGGCCGGCCAUUUUGCUGGAUGUCGCUUAGCAACCUAGCUCCUCUGCCGGGGUACCACCGUCCAUGCUAUGGGCAGUGUGAUGGGAACCCAGAGCGCCUUGGUCUCAGUUGUACACUCCAGUGGACAUGAGCAAAGCACAAAAUUAGGGCCAGGGGAGGCAGCUUCUCUGAUAAUCAGAAGCUUCGGUGGACUUCAGUAAAACACAGAACUCCGCAGGGAGCUGGGGGUCCUUUAUUACAGAUGAAGAGCAGCUUUGCAGACGCAAUAUUUGAGAAAAUGAUUUGGAUAAUUUCCCUUCCAGUUAUUUUUAUCUUGACUCUUCAGAGCCUAUACUGCCCCAUACUUCUUCUUUGGGAGCUAGGGGGCUUUCCACAGAGCACUGUCUCUUACUGGGAAAGGAUUUCUGGUUUAUAAAGAUUCUUUGUGACCCUGUUAAUCUGUGACUGUUGGAGAGUGUCGGGUUGCCAGGCUCUCUAAGAAGGUGUUGCCAAGGUGAUGACUUUUAAAGUGUGGGGUUCAGAAAGAGAGUUGGGGUACAUAUCCACUAAUCCAUCCUGGCCCAUCCCCUAGAAUCAUUUCUCACAUCCAUAUAACUGAUCAAGAAUUUUAGGAACUUGGCUGGGCAUGUGACUGGGUGGUAGAGCACUUACUUAGCAUGUAAGAAGCCAACUUCCAUCUCUAGUACCACAAGAAAAAAGCAGCUG